GGCCAGCAUGCGGCCCGAGCCUCGCCCUCCGGCCCCGGCCCCGCCCACAGCCCCUCCCCCACCAGUCAGACUGUGUACCUUCAGAGACUGCAGGAUAGCAGCGACGCUUUCAAGGCCGGGGACUUCAAACGCGCUGUCCAGCUUUACACAGAGGCCUUGACCCUUGACCCUGAGAACCACAUCUUGCUGACCAAUCGCGCGGCGGCUCAUCUCAAACUGGGUCAGCUGGAGCAGAGUGUAGCAGACGCCGUGCGAGCCAGGACCAUCUGCCCGAAGUGGGGCAAGGCGUACUUGCGAGAGGGCGUGGCACUGCACGAGCUGGGUCGCCAUGGAGACUCUUUGGCGGCUUUUGCCUGCGGCCUGGGCCAGGAGCCCGCCAACACACAGCUUCUGGACGGUUUGUUGGAGGCGGCCCUCAAUUCUCCGCUCAAAGAGAAGUUGGAGCCGACCUUUCUCCAACUGGAGAAGUUUGGCCUCAAGAGUAGCCCUUUCGUCAUCAUCGCCGUCAUCGGUCAGGAGCUGGUCGCUGCCGGACACUUCAGUGCUGCGGUGACCAUACUGGAGGCUGCUCUCAAGGUUGGAACAUGCAGUCUCAAGCUCCGUGGCUCUGUCUUCUCGGCCUUGAGCAGCGCCCUCUGGGGUCUGGGCCAGCUGGACAAAGCCAUCUACUUCAUGCAGCAGGACAUGGCUGUUGCCAAAAAUCUUGGUGACCAAGAGGGCGAGUGUCGGGCGUACGGGAACCUGGGGUCAGCCUACUUCACCAAGGGUCACUACAAGGAGUCCAAGGCCAACCACAGGUUCCAACUGGUGCUGGCCAUGAAGCUCAAGAACAGACAGGUCGCUGCCAGUGCUUUGGGCAGUCUGGGACACGUGUACACGGCGAUAGGCGACUACCCUAAUGCCCUGGCCAGCCACAAGCAGUGCGUGUUACUUCUGAAACAGUCACGUGAGGUUCUGGCGGAGGCUCGGGAGAUCGGCAAUGUCGGGGCCGUGUACCUGGCCAUGGGCAACUUUGAGGACGCUGUGGAAUGCCACCAGGAGCAUCUCAAGAUCGCCCGCAGUGCCAAGUCCAACGUUGAAGAAGCGAGAGCUUACAGUAACCUGGGCAGCGCUUACCACUAUAAAAGAGACUACCAGAAAGCGAUGUUGUUUCAUAAAGAGGUUCUGAAGAUCGCCGAGCAGAAUAAGGACAAGACUUUGGAGGCGAGGGCGUAUGCUGGUCUAGGACACGCGGCACGGUGUAGCGGAGACACUCUCGCCGCUAAAGCGUACCACGAGAAGCAGCUCGAUAACGCUUUGCAGACUAAAGACAAAGUAGCUGAGGGAAGGGCGUGUUCAAAUCUAGGUAUUAUUUUCCAUCAGCUGGGUGAGUACGAAGCGGCGCUGAAGCUGCACAAAGUCCACCUGAAGAUCGCAAAAGCCCUGCAGGACAGGGCUAGUCAGGGCAGAGCGUACGGGAAUAUCGGUAACGCUUACAGCGCGUUAGGGAAACACGAGCUUGCGGUGAAGCAACAUAAACAGGAGCUGGCCAUCUCUUCAGAGGUCAACGACCGCCACUCGGAGGGUUCUACUCACGGUAACUUGGCUGUGGCCUUCCAGGCGCUGGGCGAGACGGAGAACGCACUGCACCAUUAUCUUUCUCACUUGAGCAUCUCUCGGGAACUCAAAGACUUGCCCAGCGAGGCGAGGGCUCUGUGCAAUUUAGGGAAUUUCCACUGUGCCAGAGGGAAUCAUUCCAGUGCUGUGUCAUUUUACGAGCAGUUCCUCGCGCUGUCGAAGGAGCUCAACGAUUCUGAAGGCGAGAGCAAGGCGUGCUUCAACCUCGGUUAUGUUCAUUUUAACUUGGGGAAUUAUUCUGAAGCCGUGAGGUAUUACGAGCAGGACUUGGCGUUCGCCAGAGAUAGAAAAGAUCGUCUGGCUCUAGCAAGAGCCUACUGCAAUCUCGGCCUUGCUCACAAAUCUCUUCAGAGGUUCGAAGACGCUCUAGAAUGUCAGAAGAAAUGUCUGCGUUUGAUGGAUGCUUUGGAGAAUACUCCAGGAAAACUCCGUGCCCUGGGAAAUAUCGGCGACUUGAUGCUCAAAGUGGGAGACAUCAACGAGGCGAUCAAAAUCUACCAGCAGCAGUUGACGUUAGCCAAACAGUGUGACAGCCCGGACCUAUUGGCCACUGCCUACGGCGCUCUGGGCUCGGCACACAGGAUGCUGGGCCAGUACGACAAGUCACUUGCCUACCACACGCAGGAGCUGAACAUCCGGCAGGAGAUGAGUGACCUCAGGGGCGAGUGUCGCGCUCAAGGGAGUGUUGGAAAUGUUCACAUGUCUCUGGGCAACUUCUUGACGGCUUACAAGUACUACCAGGAGAUGCUGGAGAGGAGCAAAGAGCUAGGCGAUCAUCGGUUAGAGGGUCAGGCUUGUGGCAAUUUAGGCAUCACCAAGAUGAAUAUGGGGCAGUAUGAGGACGCCAUCGGUCUCCUGGAAGAGCAGCUCGCCAUGUUGGAGCAGCAUUACGGUCCCACCACGCUGCAGGACAAAGGAAAAGCGUUCGGGAAUCUGGGAGACUGCUACGAAGCGUUAGGCGACUACGAAGAAGCCGUCAAAUGGCAUGAGCAAUGUCUGAUCAUCGCCCAGCAGAACAACUCUCUCACCGACCAGGACCGCGCCUACCGCGGGUUGGGAAACGCCCACAAAGCUAUCGGGAACCUGCAGCAAGCCCUGGUAUGUUUCGAGAAGCGUUUGUACGUUGCUCACAGAACCAACAGCGCCACGGCGAAAGCGUCCGCGUACGGCGAGUUGGGAUGUCUGCAUAGCCUUCUGGGGAAUCUAGAGCAAGCGAUAGCAUGUUUAGAGCACCAGUUAUCUCUGGCUGGGGAGAUGGGCGAGGCUACGUGUCAGGGCGACGCAGCGUGCGGGCUGGGGGGAGUCUACCAGCAGAUGGGAGAGUACGACACGGCCUUGACCUACCACCAAAUGGACCUGCGUAUUGCGGAGGAGACGAACAACACAGCGUGCCAGUGCCGGGCGUACGGUAACCUGGGCCUGUCCUACGAGUCCCUGGGGAACCUAGAGGAAGCGGUCAGACACCAGGAGCAGCAUCUCAGUAUUGCCGCGCAGAUGAAGGACGGGGUGGCCAAGACGUUAGCCUUCAGCAGUCUAGCGUGUUCUGGUCUCCCUUGACCGCCAUGACGAAGCCCUGGUAGUGGCCGAGCGUGCCUGUACCCGCGCCUUCAUUGACCUACUUCUGGAGCGCCAGGCGGGCUCCGCUGGACUCUUUAACGGCACAACCAUGGACCUCACUCCUAUCUCCACCGAGCAGAUCACCAGCACCGUGGCCGCACAGAACAGCUUCGUCCUCUGUUUCUCCAUAGCUUCAGGCCAUCUUUACAGCUGGCUGCUGACGCCAAAACAAGGCAUCGUCAAGUUCCACAGCACGCGCCUAUCGGACCUGGAGUCAGACAGUGAGUCCGGAGACACCCAGUCACUGGUCAGUGUGUCCGGCCUGUCACUGCUUGACCAGUGUGUGGGUCAGGUCCGGGAGUCGAUGGGCAUAGAGAGUCACAUCAGCACCACGGCCACUGGGCACAGGUCGAGCACCUUGCUCUGUGGUCAUGAGUACAGCGACACGGACAGCGAGGCUGACGACGUCUUUCAGCUACAGCUGGAAGAGCUCGGUGACCGCCUGAACGCCGACACUGACCGCACCGGCUUCCUGGCCAUGCUCAACCGCAGCCACAACCUGGGUGCCAGCAGCUACAGCCUCGGCAGCGUCCUCAGCGCCGUCAGCAGCAACAGCGCCGGCAACAUCAACAGCAGCAGCAGCAACAACAACAACAACAACAAUAACAACAGCAGUUCUGGAAAUGGCAGCACCACCAACAAUGUCAGCAGUAGUCAUAAUACAAUGGGUAAUGUGAGCAGUGGUAGUAAUUUGACAGUGGGUGGGGCGAAAGGCGGGACUUUCAGCGGGGGUGGGAGUAUGGGCAGUAUGAGGAGUCUGGGCGUGGCUAGUAACGCCAGUGGGAGUGUCCGCAGUCUCAAUAGGCGGUUCAGCUUAAGGUCAAAGUUCGGCAAUGGCAAGUCGCCUCUGGCUCUUCUGUACCAGUUCCUGAUCGAGCCCAUGGAAGCUGCGAUAGCGGACUUAAAGGAAGCGGAGUCUAUCACCAGCGCUGGGAGUGGGGGCGGGAUGGGCGGGGCUAGCGAUACCAUCGAUCUUGUGUUGGUUCUUCAAGGUGACCUGUACCUCAUCCCUUUCCUCAUGUUGAGGAGGGAGCAGGCGGAGAGUUUCCUCUUCGAGAAGUACACCACUAUCAUUGUACCGUCCAUCAGCGCACUCCAGAACUCUCAAAAUACUGACACUAGGGGUCGUUCCAUCAUCCAAUCAUCGGGCGCGCUAGUGGUAGGCAAUCCCCGCCUCACGCCAAUCAUCUGUCAACACUGGCACCUUCAGGAGAUACCAGGGGCGGAGUUUGAGGCGCGGAUCUUAGGUGAACUCCUCACGUGCCGGCCUCUGAUUGGCCCAGAAGCCACAAAAGGGGCGGUGCUUCAUCAAAUCGAGCAAGUGGAAGUAAUCCACUUCGCCACACACAUUUCAUGGAAGUUAUCCUCAAUCGUUCUCUCCCCUGGCGAGUUUCUCUCCAGCCCGAGCCAGCACUUCCCAAUCGUCGACUCAGAAGACAGCUCCAGCGAUCUGGGCAUGAUGGGAGGACCAUCCCUCUCGGAGUACCUCCUCACAGCCGCAGACAUUCUCAACCUCAAACUCCGUGCCAAGCUGGUCGUCCUCAACUCCGGCUACACAGACGACAGAGCUGGAAGGGUUAACACGGACGGUGUUGUAGGGUUAACUCGAGCACUUCUCUCAGCCGGGGCGCAGUGCGUUCUUUUCUCACUGUGGCCCGUGCCCGACCCGGCCUCCAAGUUGUUGAUGAAGACGCUGUAUACGUCACUACUAGACGGGGUCAAGGUCACUCGAGCGUUGUCCAAGGCAGUCAAAACGGUGCAGACGACCGCCCAGUUCUCCCAUCCGUCCAACUGGGGAGGGUGGGUGCUGGUAGGCGCGGAUGUGACCCUGAGUUCAAAGGUCGCGUUGAUGGGCCAUGCUCUAGGUCAGAUUGUGGAGGCUCACGGGACGUGCAGGCAGACGCUGAAGGUGUUGCUGCAUCUGGUCGAAAAAUCUCUUCAGCGCAUCCAGCAGGGAUGUCGAAACUCCAUGUUCACCACACAGCAAAGUAUCGAGAACAAAGUGGGGCAGGUGGCUGGCUGGAAGGACCUUCUGCAGGCUGUAGGGUUCAGGUUCGAACCCUCCACCGGUGGUCUGCCGCCUGCUGUCUUCUUCCCUCAGUCAGACCCUAACGAGAGACUAACACAGGCCAGCGCUAGUCUACAGGCUUUUCUGGGUCUCCCGACCAGCUCCGUUAGCGCUAUGUCCAAGUUUGUGGUCAAUUUUGACGUAGGAGAGGCGCUCAUACAAGUGCUCCGAGAGAUCCUGAGCAAGCUAUCAGCCCGUGAGUCCGGCAUUGAUGUCUGCGUCGACGUGCGCCUGUGGGGCGUGUCUGGUUGUCACGAGUUUCUCGCCUCUCUAGGUCUGGACCUGGUUGACGUAGGCUCAGACAAGGUGACGCUGCGACUCAGCAAACAGGCCGUGAGACGCCACCUACAGUUUGCCCUGCAGGCUUUGGUCUCUGUGUUUGACACACAAGAAGCACCCCGGAGCCUUCACCUCGACACCUCCAGCUCCAUGGAGAGCCUCUCUUCCACCCAGUCGGGAGGACCUUCCUCUUCUUCUUUCUCCAAGUCUUCUGUCACUCCGCCCACCUCACCGCACUCCCGCGGCAAACGAUCACUUUUCAACCCAGCUGAGAUGGAAAAGGUCAAGAACGCCCACCGGAACGCGUUGAUGAUGCAGGGCAGUCUCUCUGGUCGCCAACUGGACGGCUCCCUGUCACGGUCAAGCACGUCUGACCAGUCCACCCCCUCUGCCUCCCCCCGCUCCCCACAGUCCCCACAACUGGACCCCGCACUCCAGCUGUCCCACCAGAACCGGAUACGCAGCCUCUACCCUUACGACACCACCACAGCCCGCAGUGCCUCCCUCUGCUCGCCGUGCCAAAUGGAUAGCAACAGCGACAGCAAUCGAGAUUCCCCGAACUUUUCCGGGAAUUACCCUUCCAACGGGGAUUCCCCUCGUGUGGUGGCGUCGGAUGGUGUCGGUGGAGACGUAGACAGGAGUGUGGGAGAUCGGCUCGAGAGUGUGUCUUCCACAGACAGUCGCGGCUCUGCCGUGAGGUACGGCGGUUCUCUGGCCAGCUCUGUGUCUGAGGCAGACGCCGACUUUGUAGAUUCUCCCCGCGAAGAUGCGACAGCCGGAAAUAGUUUCAGGGAGACAUCAAGGCAGUUGUCGGGAUCUCUUAGGAAUAGCCAGAAAAGCAGAAAUGGAUCGUCUUCUCAGAGCGAAAGUGCACCAAAAUCUGUGACAUUUGCUGAGAAUUUGAUUAGCGAAGAGAUCUCUUUCGAUCCGUCUAGUCCGCGUUUGGAUUAUUCUGGGAGUGAGGACGGUGGAGGCAGCGCGAGUAGUGAUUUACCCCCCUUGCCGCCUCGGCAGCAGAGGUAUCAUGACAAUGUGGAGGAGACUUCGGUGGAGGAACUUGUAAAAGAACACGGGGAGGAGGAAGCGGAGGAGGAGGAACAUGAGGAAAAAGACACCGGAGUGAAAACGGCCGGCCAGCUCAGGGAGCAUUUUGAACGAAUGAGCAAACAAAAUGUUCAAACGUCGUCCCCAUUAAUGAAAAAUAAAUCGUCUCCAUCUUCUAGCGGUCCGAGCCUUUCUUCCAGGAAGCCUGCAAGAGAUUCAGGCGCUGAUGACGUCACUUCUGAGAACGUGGCCCUGAAAGUGUUGGCCGACGUGGCCAAUCAGCGCACAGCUGUGGAGAUGAUGCAGUUCCAAAACCUCAUCCAGACGCAAGAAGCCAAUCGGAGGUUCAGGGAGGAGCGAGGAGUGCCCGAGCCCCGCCCCGUCCCCGCCCAGAGAAAGUCCUUCACCUCUCAGUCAAACUCGUCUUCCAGCAAAUCAGAGAGCAGCUUCUCCACGCCGCCGUCAGUACCCUCGUUAUCAAACUCAGCAGAGACGUCAGUUCAUUCUUCUGUAUCGUCAUCGUCCUCCUUGCCUUUCUACUCCGGGCCCGACUCAGAACCUGUGUUUGUUAGACAGACCGCCAACCUGCCAAAUCCCACGCAGCCCGGUGCUAGUCACGUGAAACCACCGGCCACCGCCCACAGAACAGUUAAACCCCCUGAUCACUUCAUGCAUACCCCCGUGGCUUCAGAAAAACCGGUUCCCCCAGCCAGCAAGCCCAGCCCUAUGACGUACCAACCCAUAUCCCCGCAUGCAUCACCCCAACUUCCCCCAAGUCGUAAACCCACAUUACCCACAAGAGGUUCGCAGUCGGCCUACAACGCACUCUUCCCGCAGGGUGUUGGCCCCAAACCUCCUAGCCCGCGAAUCUCCUUCAGCUCGUUCGCCUCCCCGUCCCCCGACACGACCCCAUCUCCCUCUAUGCCCACUCGACUGUCGCACCACGGCAGUCUGCUCGGUGCGGGGAGUGGCGAGAACAGUAUCUCGUCAGACAACAGCGAAGGAGCGGAGAGUAACCUCCAAUCCUCCGUAUCCAGUGGGUACCACUCGGAGAACGGAGGGUUCCUCCGCUCCUCUAAAACCAAAUCCCUCCCUCCUCCCUCCCGGCUCGAUCAGGACCGCGGCGUGUACACUCAGGAAUUUGUCAACCGGACUUCCUCUUUCACGUACUCCUCAGGGUCUUCAUCUCCCUUCAGUCGCGCUUCGAACGACGAGAUGAGUGGCCCUGAUGGCGUCACGAAUCACAACAAUCCGCUAGGACCCACAAACCCUCUGUCUAAUGUGUUAUUCCCCAGCCAACACACUCCGUCUUCGGCCCCGAGACACAUCUCUCCUUCAUCAAACCCGUCGUAUAACUUGCGAAAAUCUUCCACCAACUCAAACCUCUCAGAAGGCUACAGUAGCGAAGCUGAGGGUCGAGCGUCAGGAAUAGGAGGCUCGAAUUCCAGCCUUUCCUCUCAGUCGCUGACCCCGCCCGUGCCACUGGUUAGGACAAAUGCCCUCCAGUCUCGCCCUGAGAGCAGCAACAGCAUGAGCAGCCAGUACUCCACUUCCUCUUCUACACUCUCCACCAUCUACAGACCGCUGGGAGCUCGAGACUCGCCCAAAGUCAGAGAACAAAGAUCUCCUGCUCCGAAUAACAGCAGCAACAACAACAACAAUAACAAUGCCAGAAAUAUAUCUCACUCUCCUUCGGUGUCUAAUAACAAAAGUUCCCCCUACCCUCAAAACAACAUCCACCACAGACCUGUGUGGAAUUCCACUAACUCUUCGAGUCUGGGAAACUCUUUGCCGUACUCGCCUGGUCAGACGGCCAACGAGUCCGCGCCAUAUCCCCCACACUCCCGACCGACAUCAUAUAACGGAGGCAAUAGCAACAACAAUGCCAAUAGUUCCUCUUCCUCUUCUGGAGGUACCAACAGAGGGAGCGACACAAACCCCAGGUAUUACGCUCCGGUGAGUUUUGACCCCAAACAACAACAACAACAGCAACCGUCAAGAUCUGUGGGAGGAAAUUCCUACAUAGCCCAGAACAGGGAAGAUCCAAAUGCUUGGAACUCGGCCUUGAACUCCGGAGGCUUUUCACAGACGGCUAAUACAUACAGCUCGGCACCAGGUGUGAUACCCUUGCAGAAUCGGGCUAGCAGCUCAGGUCAAGGCCAAGCACAGUACAAAGGUCAACGUAGGGAUGGUGGAGGUCAGUACCGUGGGCUGGCCCCGGGUCAGGAACAGGGAGGUCCAGUGUCAAGGUCGCAACAGCAGGAGGUCAGAGGUAAAGGUCCCCCUAGUUACGUGUUGCACUCCUCUAAAUGUUGAUGUCACGACACUAUAUACUUUUGACAUCAUGUAAUAAUAAAUUACAAUUAUAUAACGCACUUCCAGUACGAAAGUGCUUUGCAAUAGCACAAAAAACAUAGUCCCUUCACUCCUUCCCUCUCUCUCUUUCUCUCUCUCGUUCUCUCUCUCGUUCUCUCUCUCUCUCUCUAUCUCUCUCUCUCUCUCUCUCUCUCUCUCUCUCUCUCUCUCUCUCUCUCUCUUUCUCUCUCUUUCUCUCCUCUCUACAAUUUUCCUAUACUGCAUUGAUCAGAAACCCAAAUAUAUAACUCGGCAAAAAGAUGCAAUUUUAACUGAUUUUCAAACAUUCCCUUGUUUUGAAAUCACGUCCCUUUGCUUUGAGGUUAAUCCUCUGUGGGUGACCUGAACAGUGCAAAUUUGUUACCUCACCCACCACACGGGUCACACAAACCGUGACGCUGCUGGCGCCUCACGCAGAAAUAUAUUUUUUUGGUAAAAGACAGUUUAACAUACGAGUGCGCACAAAAUGUGACUUCUUUCUAUAUCGACGUCAAUACGUCCAGCUUAUGUUUUGUGGUGUUCUGACAAUGCAAUUAUCCUGUAUUCUUCAUGGAGUGUGGACAUCGAAUGGCCCUGACCUACGUCAAGGACUGACUGACUGACCUUAACCUGGACCAGACAAGUGCCCGCCACGAACACACAUCUCAGUUACAUGUGUUGGUUGUUAGAGUACUCUUGUAUUCCCAAGCUGCUAUACGAAGCUCGUGUGCUGCUAUACACAAAAUCAUAAGCUUACCAGAGCACGCACACACUUGCACAGACAUGCACACGCACGCACGCACGCACACACACACACAC